AUGGGUGUUUUUCUUCCUUCAUCGCCAGCAUUUCCAGGAGUCUUUCUAUUCUUAUUCAUUACAUUGUGUCAGAUCCCUGAGCUUUCACUUGCAGGCAUCACCAGGCACUACAAGUUUGAUAUCGUAUUAAAAAAUGUAACACGACUGUGCCACAACAAGAGCAUUGCGACAGUAAACGGGCAGUUUCCUGGGCCUCGCAUUGUAGCUAGGGAGGGUGACAACCUUCUUAUCAAGGUGGUCAACCAUGUCCACAACAAUAUCUCCAUCCACUGGCAUGGCAUUCGACAACUUCAAACUGGUUGGGCAGAUGGGCCAGCAUAUGUAACUCAAUGUCCGAUACAAACUAGCCAGAGCUAUGUUUACAACUUCACCAUUGUAGGCCAAAGAGGCACUCUUUUCUGGCAUGCCCACAUAUCCUGGCUAAGAUCAACCGUCUAUGGUCCUCUUAUCAUUCUUCCCAAGCGUGGCGUUCCUUACCCAUUUCCCAAACCCCACAAGGAAGUUCCCAUCAUAUUCGGAGAGUGGUGGAAUGUAGAUACCGAGGCAGUAAUUAGCCAAGCCAUGCAAACAGGAGGCGGCCCAAAUGUUUCGAAUGCGUACACAAUUAAUGGACUUCCAGGGCCACUGUAUAAUUGUUCUGCCAAAGACACGUUCAAGCUGAAAGUGAAGCCUAGGAAGACCUAUCUUCUUCGCCUGAUCAACGCGGCACUCAAUGACGAGCUUUUCUUCAGCAUUGCAAACCACAGCCUCACGGUUGUUGAAGCUGAUGCUGUUUAUGUCAAACCUUUUGAGACCAACACAAUUGUCAUAGCCCCGGGACAGACCACAAAUGUUCUUCUAAACACCAAAGCCAAAUUCCCAAACGCCACAUUUUUCAUGGCCGCUAGACCAUAUGUGACUGGCCUAGGCACUUUCGACAACUCCACUGUUGCAGGAAUCCUAGAAUAUGAAUCUGAUGAAUUUCCACACAAAACCCUUUCCAUUAGAAAGCUUCCACUCUUCAAACCCCUUCUUCCUCCUCUCAAUGAUACUUCCUCUGCAACAAAUUUCUCGAACAAACUCCGUAGCUUAGCAAGUGCUCAAUUCCCAGCAAAUGUCCCUCAAAAAGUCGACAAACGCUUCUUCUUCACAGUAGGCCUUGGAACAAUCCCCUGCCAACACAACAACCAAACAUGCCAAGGGCCUAAUGGAACAAUGUUCUCUGCUUCUGUUAAUAACAUAUCUUUUGCACUCACAUCAACAGCCCUCCUCCAAGCCCACUUCUUUGGGCAAUCCAAGGGAGUUUAUUCUCCUGAC